CGAGGGGGGCGGAGGGCCGGAGCCCAGCCCAGGGGCGUGGCGGCCCGGGACCCGCGCGCUGCUUUCUGGGACUUGUAGUCCUCCAAUAGGCUCUUUGUAGCUCCGCGCACUGGGCAUCGAACUCCAUCUCCCGGGAGGCAUUGCAGUUAGCCGGCCCGCUCCCGCCCCGCCUCCACCAGCGCUCCGGCCGGCUGGCCUUAAAGGGGACGCAGCUUGAGUGGUGGUUCGCGGGGUGGCCCCCGCUCGGCUCCGCCCCUUUUCCCGCACCUCGCCCCUCCCCCCACUUCGCCCCGCAGCCCCGUGGCUACGCCGCUGAGUCGAGCUCCCCAGUUACAGACUUGUGCAGGGCCGGGUGGAGAGGUUGGGCUUUGCAGUGGAAGCAGCAUCCCUGCCGUCUGGGACUUGGCGGAGGGCGUCCCCACUCCGGGGGAAGCCAAGGACCCGCCCUGACCUCGCCUGGCCCAGCCUGGCUCCUUCCCGGCCAGAGCUCCCCUCCUUAGGAGCUGACUCCUGAGGCCGGGGCCACCAGGCUUCCGAAGCCUGGCCACCAUGGACAAGAUCCUGGAGGCCGUGGUGACAUCAUCAUACCCGGCGAGCGUGAAGCAAGGGCUCGUGCGGCGCGUGCUGGAGGCGGCGCGGCAGCCGCUGGAGCGCGAGCAGUGCCUGGCGCUGCUGGCGCUGGGUACGCGCCUCUACGUGAGCGGCGCCGACGAGCUGCCCCGCCGCGUGGGCUGCCAGCUGCUGCACGUGGCCGGCCGCCACCACCCGGAGGUCUUCGCCGAGUUUUUCAGCGCGCGCCGCGUGCUGCGCCUCCUCCAGGGAGGCACCGGGCCGCCGAGCGCCCGCGCGCUAGCCUGCGUACAGCUCUGCCUGCAACUGCUGCCCGAGGGGCCCGGGGCCGACGAGGUGUUCGCGCUGCUGCGGCGCGAGGUGCUGCGCACUGUGUGCGAGCGCCCGGGCCCCGCGGUCUGCGCGCAGGUGGCGCGGCUGCUGGCGCGGCAUCCGCGCUGCGUCCCCGACGGCCCUCACCGCCUGCUCUUCUGCCAGCAGCUUGUGCGCUGCCUCGGGCGCUUUCGCUGUCCGGCCGAGGGCGAGGAGGGCGCCGUGGAAUUCCUGGAGCAGGCCCAGCAGGUGAGCGGGCUCCUGGCGCAGCUGUGGCGCGCGCAGCCCGCCGCCAUCCUGCCCUGCCUCAAGGAGCUCUUCGCCGUCAUCUCCUGCACAGAGGAGGAGCCACCGUCUAGCGCCCUCGCCAGUGUGGUCCAGCACCUCCCAUUGGAGCUCAUGGAUGGUGUUGUCCGGAACCUCAGCAAUGAUGACAGUGUGACGGACUCCCAGAUGCUGACUGCCAUCAGCAGGAUGAUCGACUGGGUGUCCUGGCCCCUGGGGAAGAAUAUUGACAAGUGGAUCAUUGCACUGCUGAAGGGUCUGGCCGCUGUUAAGAAGUUCAGCAUCUUGAUCGAGGUUUCACUCGCCAAAAUUGAGAAGGUUUUCUCCAAGCUUUUAUAUCCCAUUGUCCGAGGUGCCGCCUUGUCCGUCCUCAAGUACAUGCUCCUGACCUUCCAGCACUCCCAUGAGGCCUUCCAUCUGCUCCUCCCUCACAUCCCCCCAAUGGUGGCGUCUCUGGUUAAGGAGGACUCCAACUCGGGGACCAGCUGCCUGGAGCAGUUGGCAGAGCUGGUCCACUGCAUGGUGUUCCGGUUUCCCGGCUUCCCGGAUCUGUAUGAACCCGUCAUGGAGGCCAUCAAGGACCUCCAUGUUCCCAAUGAGGACCGAAUCAAGCAGCUGCUGGGGCAGGAUGCCUGGACCUCGCAGAAGAGUGAGCUGGCUGGCUUUUACCCCCGGCUCAUGGCCAAGUCAGACACGGGCAAGAUCGGUUUAAUCAACCUGGGCAACACGUGCUAUGUGAACAGCAUUCUUCAGGCCUUGUUUAUGGCUUCCGAUUUCAGACACUGUGUGCUCCGUUUGACCGAAAACAACUCGCAGCCCUUGAUGACGAAGCUGCAGUGGCUCUUCGCCUUCCUGGAGCACAGCCAGCGGCCUGCCAUUUCUCCAGAGAACUUCCUGUCUGCAUCCUGGACACCCUGGUUCAGCCCUGGCACCCAGCAGGACUGCUCGGAGUACCUGAAGUACCUGCUGGAUCGGCUGCACGAAGAGGAGAAGACCGGGACGAGGAUCUGCCAGAAGCUCAAGCAGUCGAGCUCGCCCUCCCCGCCCGAGGAGCCCCCCGGCCCGAGCGCCACCUCCGUGGAGAAGAUGUUCGGGGGCAAGAUCGUGACGCGGAUAUGCUGCCUCCGCUGCCUCAACGUCUCCUCCAGGGAGGAGGCCUUCACGGACCUCUCGCUCGCCUUCCCGCCGCCCGAGCGCUGCCGCCGCCAUCACCACCAUCACCACCACCACCGCCGCCGCCGCCUGGGCUCGGCGGGGCUCCCCGCGGAGGACGCCGGCGCCCAGGAGCCAAGCCGGGCCGGGCCUCGGAGGCAGAGGAAGCACUGCAUCACGGGGGGCGUCCCGCCCACCAUCCUGGACAUGGAAGGCCUGGGCCCCCACGGCCUCGGGGGGCAGAGCGGUCAGGAGGAGAAGGUGGAGAGGGGGGAGAGCACAGAGGAGGAGGAGGAGGCGGGAGAGGAAGAGAAGGAGGAGGAGAAGGAGGAGGAGGAGAAGGUGAAGGAGGAGGAGAAGGAGAGGGCGGCCCAGGACGAGGAGGAGAAGGAGGAGAAGGUGAAGAAGAAAGUGGAGGAGCAGGAGGAGGAGAAAGAGAAGGAGGAGGAGAAGGAGGCCCGGGACGAGAAGGAGGAGUCGGCUGAAGGGGCGGCGGCGGCAGCCGUCCCGGGCCCAGGGCCCCCCCGGAGUGCGGCGGCCGCCUCCGGGGACAGCUCCCGCUCCGUCCUGGACCUGGUCAACUACUUCCUGUCGCCCGAGAGGCUGACGUCGGAGAACCGCUACCACUGCGAGUCGUGCGCGUCCCUGCAGGACGCCGAGAAGGUGGUGGAGCUGAGCCAGGGCCCGCGCUACCUCAUCCUGACGCUGCUGCGCUUCUCCUUCGACCUGCGCACCAUGCGGCGCCGCAAGAUCCUGGACGACGUGUCGGUGCCGCUGCUGCUGCGCCUGCCGCUGGCCGGGGGCCGGGGCCAGGCCUACGACCUGUGCAGCGUCGUGGUGCACUCGGGGCUGUCCUCCGAGAGCGGCCACUACUACUGCUACGCCCGCGAGGGCGCCGCCCGUCCCGCCCCGGCCCCGGGGACCGAGCGGCCGGAGCCCGACAACCAGUGGUACCUGUUCAACGACACCCGCGUAUCCUUCUCCUCCUUCGAGUCCGUCAGCAACGUCACCUCCUUCUUCCCCAAGGACACAGCCUACGUGCUCUUCUACCGGCAGCGACCCGAGGAGGGGUCCGAGGCCGAGCCCGGCUCCCCCCGCACCCGGGCAGAACCCACCCUCCACAAGGACUUGAUGGAAGCCAUUUCCAAAGACAACAUCCUUUUCUUGCAGGAGCAGGAGAAGGAGGCGCGGAGCAGGGCGGCCUACAUCUCUGCGCUCCCAGCGUCCCCGCACUGGCGGAGGGGCUUUGACGAAGACAAAGACGAGGACAAAGGUCCCCCAGGGGGCUGCAGCCCUGCAGGUGGCAGUGGUGGUGACUUCCACAGAUUGGUCUUCUAAUGGGACCCUUGACCCCCGGCCUGCCAGUGCUUGUGGGGGUGCCACAGCCGAUCUGGGGGGGGGGGCCCAGGUCCCAGGCAGAGGCGCUCGGCCACAUGGGGCCUGGGGGAGGCCGUGGAGGCAGCCCCUUCCAAGGGCGAAAGCGAUGGAGCAGGGGCUGCCAGCCUCAGCCUGGAGGGCACACUGAGACACGGAGGUGAGACCUGAGCCCCUUAAACUGGCCCUCGGGCCCCGACACUGGGAUCAGCCCCCUUAAGACUUGCACCCGAGAGUUGUGGUCAGCUCGGAGAUGCCGAGAUGGACACAUUCUGGGCCUCAGCCCCUGUCCCGUGCUUGCCAUCAAGUAGCAGUUCCCUUCCCUCCCUAGCUCCUUUCAGACAAUCCUGGGUCUCUCUAGUAUGGACCCGAGGAGGGUCCAAGCCCCAGCACAAACAAGGGGGCUGCGUGGCACCCCUCCGGCUGCCUUCUUGCUUCUCCGAGGGGACUGAGGCGGUGUACGUGGGUGCCGAUGCUGCCCUCCUGUGAGGGGCGUAGGUGGGAAGCAGCCUGGCGCGGGAGCAGAGAUGGGCCCCCCGACACCGAGCUGCAACGCAGGAUGAAGGACAGCCCCUUAGCCCCCUCUCCCGCCUCAGUGCCUGAGAUCCCCCCCUUCCGGGUACGAGAGAGAGUCCUUAUUUUACUGCAAGUAUGUGUGUCUCAUGACAUCUGUCCUGAGGGACGCUGGCUGGCUCAGGGCCUCAGCUGUUGAGCAUUGUCCCCGGGGCCGGUGGGGGCGGUCUGGUGAGGAGCAAAUACUGACCUCGUUGUGCCUGACGCUGCUGUACCCUUUCUAAAUGGAGAGGAGAGAACCAGGGUCUCAAACAGGAAUAAAAAGAGGUUCUCUGAAGCCUUU